AUGUUAAGCUUAAAAGUCGAUGUAGCUGCCAGAAUGGGGAAGAGUAUAUUGGGAAUAAAUAUCCAAUAUAUUAAAGAUUUUAAAAUUGUGAUAAACACAAUUGGCAUGAUACAAUUGAAAAAGAGGCAUACAUCACAUUUUUUAAAAGAGGAAAUAUUAAAAUGCUUGCAACAAUUCGAUAUUGAUCUUACACAAAUAUAUUCAACUACUUCGGACAACGGGGCAAACAUGUUAAAAGCUUCAAAACUACUUCAACAAGACAUGAUAGAUUUACAAAAUGAUGAAUGCGAAACGACUUCAGAAAAUGAGAAUGAUGACUACGAAUUAGUACACAAUCGCUUGAAUUCAGUACUGGCAGUAGUAAGAUGUGCCGCGCACACAAUUCAAUUGGCGGAAUAUGAUUCUUUCAAGGAAAUGCAAAAUAAACUGGAGGAGUGCAGGAAAAUUGUGAAACUACUUAGGGCUAGCAUAAGAAGUUGUAUCAACUCUGCGGAUAUACGUUUGCCACCAAUUGAUAAUAUAACUCGAUGGAACUCAACAUUUGAAAUGAUAGAAUCCCUUUUGAAUUUUAAACAGCAUAUUAAUGGAAACGAUAUGGUAUUUUCUAUUGACUGUGAAAUUGAUUGGAACUCCAUAGAAGACUUUGUCAAUGCAUUUACACCAAUGGCGCAAUGUACCAAACAACUUCAAGCUGAACAAUACAUUAUCGGCGAUUUUUACAGAGACUGGCUUGUAUGUGAAGCAAAAUUAAAAAAAAGGCUGAAAAUGCGUUUGCAAUAA